GUCAGAGGCUUGAAAACUUGUUAAAAGCUCUCCCAGUGUUCCAAGUUAGAAAAAACUUUUACAAGGUAUCAGCACUUUUCUUUCAUUAGUGGGGAAGGAAGGAUGAAAAAUACAAAACAGCAGUAGACUUUUAAAGUUUAAAUAGACAGGUCUGAGUGCCUGAACGUGCUCUCUUCCAUUUUACUUUGACCCUCCAAAGAAGUAUUCUGAUCCAGUUUCACUGCUGAUCCGCAAGGCCAGCAUCCUGUGAAGAUGGGUGAUUGGAGUGCCUUGGGAAAACUUCUUGACAAGGUUCAAGCCUAUUCUACUGCAGGAGGGAAAGUGUGGCUGUCUGUCCUCUUUAUUUUCCGAAUCUUGCUAUUGGGGACAGCAGUCGAAUCUGCUUGGGGAGAUGAACAGUCUGCUUUCCGGUGCAACACUCAACAGCCUGGUUGCGAGAAUGUCUGCUAUGACAAGUCCUUCCCCAUCUCCCAUGUACGCUUCUGGGUUCUGCAGAUCAUAUUUGUGUCUGUACCUACCCUUUUGUACCUGGCGCAUGUGUUCUAUGUAAUGAGGAAAGAAGAGAAGCUGAACAAAAGAGAAGAAGAGCUCAAGGUGGUCCAAAAUGAUGGUGUGAAUGUGGAUAUGCACCUCAAGCAAAUAGAAAUUAAGAAAUUCAAGUAUGGGAUAGAAGAGCACGGAAAAGUGAAGAUGCGUGGGGGACUGCUCCGUACAUACAUCAUCAGCAUCCUGUUUAAAUCUGUCUUCGAGGUGGCUUUCUUGCUGAUACAGUGGUACAUUUAUGGGUUUAGCCUGAACGCCAUCUAUACCUGCGAGCGAGAUCCAUGCCCACACAGGGUGGACUGUUUCCUCUCCCGUCCAACUGAGAAAACCAUCUUCAUCCUCUUCAUGCUGGUUGUGUCCUUGGUGUCUCUUGCCUUGAACAUCAUCGAGCUUUUCUACGUGUUCUUCAAGGGUGUCAAGGAUCGUGUGAAAGGGAAAACCGACCCCUACUCCCACAGCGGUGCCAUGAGCCCUUCCAAGGACUGUGGCUCCCCCAAAUAUGCUUAUUACAAUGGCUGCUCCUCACCGACCGCCCCCUUGUCUCCCAUGUCUCCCCCAGGGUACAAGCUCGUUACCGGAGACAGGAACAAUUCCUCCUGUCGUAACUACAAUAAGCAAGCUAGCGAGCAAAACUGGGCCAACUACAGUGCAGAGCAGAAUAGAAUGGGUCAGGCUGGCAGCACCAUCUCCAACUCGCACGCCCAGCCUUUCGACUUCUCUGAUGAGCACCAGAACACUAAAAAACUGGCAUCGGGACACGAGCUGCAGCCCCUCACCAUUGUGGACCAGAGGCCCCCCAGCAGAGCCAGCAGCCGAGCCAGCAGCAGGCCUCGACCUGACGACCUGGAGAUCUAAGCUUCUAGCAGCAGUACUUGCUCAACUAUGAAACGACCUGCAUUGGAAGAUGCAGUCAGUGCUGAUCUUGUUCGAGUGGAGGUGGUACUUAACAGUCUCAAGCAGGAGAUUUUAACAAUCAUAAACAAGUGAACAAACUUUUAAAAUACUUGCUGGUUUUUGGGGGGGAUGUGGGGUUGGUGAGGGGUGGUACAGUACACAUUGGUAUUUAAUGUAGCUGGUUUAAAAAAUUUAAGUACUAAAAAA